UACCUAAUAUUCAGGCUUGACAGGACAAUCACCUUCUCAUCGAUAUCCCCGGAGAUCGUUGAUUGUCAAGUUCUAUCUGAGGAAAAAAGAACGUUCGUUCGACCAGUUCUUGAAUAAACAGAAUUUGGACAUCCUAUGGCGCAGCGAUGACGUUUGAUGAACGGAUGGAUAUCUGGGUCAUCCUCAUGCAAACACAGAGACACAAUUGUCAGCAAUGUUUGGUAAUGCAGUACAGGCGGAUAAUUGCGCCCAGUGGACAGCUUGGGGUCCAUGUGUUUGGUUGAAAGGUAAUAAUCCAAGAUGGCAGCAUUCCUACUUUGAUCAAUUGUUACCUGGCAAAAACGGCUGCCGUGAACACAUUUUUUUCAAACUUUUACGUGAACGUUGGAGCGUGGCUUUCAAUAAUUUCUAUAAUUAUCUUCGCAGUAUUACCAUCAGUCAACAACAAUGUGGCCAGUGCUCCUAUCAACAGAGCUGUGGAAGACAGUGUCACCGACGCGGUACAACUGAUAUGGUCAAUCCGCUCUUCGUUGCGGAACGCGUUUGUGUUGGAGUGGAUCAAUCGGCGGCGUGUGAAUCGAAAUAUGUUGAGGGUUGCAAGCAUUGGCCGAAUCCCAAUAUCAAGCUGCCCAAUGUUACCCAUACCAUGCAAGAAAUUAUCGAUAAAAUCGAUUAUUUAAGCUGCAUACCACAGACAAAGCCUGAUGGAACGAAUGUAUGCCGUUGUUGUUGUCAUCCGUAUGUGCCACAUGCAACAACCAUGAAAUGUGAAUUGAAACCAUAUUUGAACGUGAACAAGCAACAGUAUCUUUACGAGAAGGUGCAAUCUGUUACGGAUUGAUUUCUGGAAUUUCUCUUCUGGCCUUCACUUUGCUCUUCCAUGUUCUACUUCAUCUUGUUGAUUUAUCAAUUUGUAUAAAGUUUUUGAACACAGUG